GCUGCAAGGUUAUAGUUGUUCUUGCUUCUGCUGCCUGCCUCCUCGUAGAUAAGGCUGGUCUAAGGGGCUUGUGCUGGCUUCUGGUGGGAGGAACUGGUUCCUGCCCACUGGUGAUUGAGCUUGGCCUUGUUCUUCUGGUGGAUAGGGCCUUGUCAAGUGCUGUGUUUAUCAAGCAGCUGUGGGCUCAGGAAGACUUUAAGAGCAGUUCUGUGGAUGAAAAGGCUCGGAUAGUAAGUGGCAAUGAUGUGGAUGCUUCCAAAUUCUCUGCACUACAGGCCUUUGGUGGAGCUGGUCGGGGACUUUAUGGUAUUGACAGUAUGCCAGAUCUCCGCAGAAAGAAAACUCUGCCUAUUGUACGAGAUGUGGCCAUGACCCUGGCUGCCCGGAAAUCUGGACUCUCCCUGGCUAUGGUGAUUAGGCCAUCUUUAAACAAUGAGGAAUUGAAAAUACAUGUCUUCAAGAAGACCCUACAGGCACUGAUCUACCCCAUGUCCUCCACCACCCCGCACAACUUUGAAGUCUGGACAGCUACAACACCUACCUACUGUUACGAGUGUGAAGGGCUCCUAUGGGGCAUUGCCCGGCAAGGCAUGAAGUGUUCGGAGUGUGGAGUGAAGUGCCACGAAAAGUGUCAGGACCUCCUGAAUGCCGACUGUUUGCAGAGAGCAGCAGAAAAGAGUUCUAAGCAUGGUGCAGAAGAUAAGACUCAAACCAUUAUUACAGCCAUGAAAGAAAGAAUGAAGAUCAGGGAGACAAACAGGCCAGAGGUGUUUGAAGUAAUUCAGGAAAUGUUUCAGAUUUCUAAAGAAGAUUUUGUGCAGUAUACAAAGGCAGCCAAACAGAGUGUAUUGGAUGGGACAUCUAAGUGGUCAGCAAAAAUAACCAUUACAGUGGUUUCUGCACAAGGCUUGCAGGCAAAAGACAAAACAGGGUCUAGUGACCCGUAUGUUACAGUUCAAGUGGGAAAGAACAAAAGAAGGACUAAAACCAUUUUUGGAAACUUGAAUCCAGUAUGGGAUGAAAAGUUUUAUUUGAAAUCCAGGUUUAUGGUCUUCCUAGCUGGGAAGAGGUUCUACUUGGAGUCCACUUCCUACUGCUAUGAGUUCAAGGACCCAGAAAUUACCUUAAAUAAAGCCUGUAGCAACCCUGGGGCACAUUUAAAAGUACCAUGCCCUGGAAGUUUUAUCGGACUUCCAGGAGAGAAACGGACAGAUAAAUCAGCUGUGUCUGGGGCCAUUCGACUGAAAAUUAAUGUGGAAAUAAAAGGAGAGGAGAAGGUUGCUCCAUAUCAUAUACAAUAUACAUGUCUACAUGAGAAUUUGUUCCAUUACUUGACUGAAGUGAAAGCUAAUGGUGGAGUGAAAAUCCCAGAGGUCAAAGGGGAUGAAGCCUGGAAGGUUUUCUUUGAUGACGCCUCUCAAGAAAUAGUUGAUGAAUUUGCCAUGCGUUAUGGGAUUGAAUCCAUUUAUCAAGCUAUGACGCAUUUUUCCUGUCUGUCUUCUAAAUACAUGUGCCCUGGUGUCCCUGCUGUAAUGAGCACCUUGCUGGCAAAUAUAAACGCUUUCUAUGCCCACACAACCAUUUCAACAAAUGUGCAAGUUUCUGCCUCAGAUCGAUUUGCUGCUACCAACUUUGGAAGGGAAAAAUUCAUAAAACUACUGGACCAGUUGCAUAACUCUUUAAGAAUUGACCUGUCAAAGUAUAGGGAACACUUUCCUGCCAGCAAUGCUGAAAGACUGCAAGACCUGAAAUCAACUGUUGACCUGCUAACGAGUAUCACCUUUUUUAGGAUGAAGGUUCUGGAGCUGCAAAGCCCCCCUAAGGCCAGCAUGGUGGUGAAGGACUGCGUCAGGGCUUGCCUGGAUUCUACGUACAAAUAUAUUUUUGACAACUGCCAUGAACUAUAUUCCCAGCUAAUAGACCCGAGUAAGAAACAGGACGUUCCUCGGGAAGAUCAGGGACCAACCACCAAGAAUUUGGAUUUUUGGCCCCAGCUUAUAACACUGAUGGUCACUAUCAUUGAUGAGGAUAAAACUGCCUACACUCCUGUCCUGAAUCAGUUUCCUCAAGAGCUGAACAUGGGAAAAAUAAGUGCUGAAAUUAUGUGGACCCUUUUUGCUCAGGAUAUGAAAUAUGCACUAGAAGAACAUGAAAAGCAGAGGUUAUGCAAGAGCACUGAUUAUAUGAAUUUGCAUUUCAAAGUGAAAUGGUUUUAUAAUGAAUAUGUGCGGGAACUUCCUGCCUUCAAGGAUGCCGUUCCUGAAUACUCCUUGUGGUUUGAACCUUUUGUCAUGCAGUGGCUAGAUGAAAAUGAAGACGUGUCAAUGGAGUUCCUACAUGGAGCCCUGGGAAGAGACAAAAAAGAUGGAUUCCAACAGACAUCUGAUCAUGCGCUCUUCUCUUGCUCCGUGGUUGAUGUCUUUGCUCAGCUUAAUCAGAGCUUUGAGAUUAUUAAGAAACUGGAAUGCCCCAAUCCAGAAGCAUUAUCUCAUUUAAUGAGAAGAUUCGCAAAGACCAUCAAUAAAGUACUACUUCAGUAUGCUGCAAUUGUAUCAAGUGAUUUCAGUUCAUACUGUGAUAAGGAAAAUGUGCCCUGUAUAUUGAUGAACAAUAUUCAACAAUUGCGGGUUCAGCUGGAAAAAAUGUUUGAAUCCAUGGGAGGAAAAGAGUUAGAUCCUGAAGCUAGUACUGUUCUAAAAGAACUUCAGGUUAAACUCAGUGGGGUUCUGGAUGAGCUCAGUGUCACUUACGGUGAAAGUUUCCAGCUUAUCAUUGAAGGGUGCAUAAAACAAAUGAGUUUUGAACUAAAUCAAAUGAGAGCAAAUGGAAAUACUACAUCUAAUAAGAACAGUGCAGCAAUGGAUGCAGAGAUUGUAUUAAGACAGCUCAUGGACUUCUUGGACAAAACAUUAAGUCUCUCAGCAAAGAUCUGUGAGAAAACAGUCCUAAAGCGAGUAUUGAAAGAGUUAUGGAAGCUAGUUCUUAACAAAAUAGAAAAACAAAUUGUUCUCCCUCCUCUGACAGACCAAACAGAACACAUGAUUCGAGAGGAUGCCAAGGGUCUGACACCAAGACAGUGUGGUAUAAUGGAGGUGGUCCUAGCUACCAUCAAGCAAUACUUUCAUGCAGGAGGAAAUGGCCUGAAAAAGAAUUUCUUAGAGAAAAGCCCAGAUCUUCAGUCUCUGAGAUAUGCUCUCAGUCUUUAUACCCAAACGACUGAUGCCCUGAUAAAGAAAUUCAUAGACACCCAAACCUCACAGAGUCGCCCCUCCAAAGAUUCAGUGGGCCAGAUAUCUGUUCAUGUGGACAUCACCGCCACUCCAGGAACCGGAGAGCAUAAAGUCACUGUAAAAGUGAUUGCUAUUAAUGACUUAAACUGGCAGACCACGGCAAUGUUCCGCCCCUUUGUGGAAGUCUGUAUGCUGGGACCCAACCUCGGAGACAAGAAGAGAAAACAAGGCACAAAAACAAAAAGCAACACAUGGUCACCAAAGUAUAAUGAAACAUUUCAGUUCACUCUGAAUAAAGAAAACCGCCCAGGAGCCUAUGAACUCCACCUUUCGGUUAAAGAUUACUGCUUUGCCAGAGAAGAUCGAAUUAUCGGAAUGACAGUAAUUCAGCUCCAGAAUAUAGCCGAAAAGGGGAGCCACGGGGCAUGGUAUCCCCUUUUGAAAAAUGUCUCUAUGGAUGAAACCGGUUUGACUAUUCUUAGAAUCCUCUCUCAGAGGACCAGUGACGAUGUGGCUAAAGAAUUUGUAAGACUUAAAUCUGAAACAAGAUCUGGUGAAGAGAAUGCUUGAAACAAUACCAUACCCCAAGAUAGCAUCUCUGAGAAUUCACAAACUGUUUGACUACUGCAUGCAUGUGCAAAUACAGGGGAAUGUUUAUUUCACUACAUUUCAGUGUUUGCCAGUGCUCAAGUAUAAUGUCUACAAGGUAUGUGGGAAAACUGCAGAACUUUUAUACUAAUUCUGGUCUCUGAGAAAUCAAUGUUCCAUGAAGUGCCAAAAUCAUGAUGUUCAGUGAAAUAUCCAGAGUAUCUUUUAAAAUGUUUAUUUCAUUACCAAUUUCUCAUCCAUUAAACAUACUAAAACACAGUCUUUUGAGUUUGUCCAUUAGUUAAUCCUUGUUAUGUUGGUUUAUAUAUCUGGUAGAUAUGAAAGCAUUUGUUACUCAAAUUCUGUUUUAUUUAGACUUACCUCAUAAUAGAUGUCUUACGAAUACCCUUUUCUACCAUGACUAGACAUGCAGUUACUUCUCGAAAGCAUUUGUAAUUUUAUAGUUGCAGAUAUAUUGUGAUGAUUUUUGCAUACAAAAUAAAAUAGAAAAGGUGGGAAAUAUUUUAUGCUGACCAGUUUCCAACCUUUCUGAAAUAUCACUGUGAAGAAAUGCUCUUAAAGCAGACUUAUGCAAAGCAAUGCUAAAUAGUUUGUUAACAUGUUUGAUAUAUCAACAAAACUUUGUUCCUUAAAACUGCCAAGGUCACAUCACAUUUGUAAAAAAA